AUUAUUUCAAAAAAAUAAUUACGUCCUGACAAUUAAAUUAUCUGGAUCCAUUUCAAAUGCUAAAACAAACCUAUAUCGUAUUGAACCAUUGAUUCUUUAAUUACAAGGUGUAGUCGGUGUGUAUCACCUCAACGACACGACUUAGACUGUAUGUGGGUCAGCGUCAUCAAGUUCGCAGACGACAAGAAAACAAAUCACAGAAGUAAGCCGUACGCGAGUGUAGAAGUCGUCAACGACUGUGCGUGUCCGCUUUGUGUAGCAAGUCCGGAAGUACAUAAACGCGUAGUUUGCGUGGCCCAUACAGUGCAUGUAAUCAAAACAGGAAUGGUGUAAUAAUUGAAAAUAACCAAAAUGCCAGCAGGAACGACCAAGAAUUUGACUGCCAUUGAGGCACUGGAGAAGAUCCAAGACAAUGUGGAGAACUUUGAGGAUAUUGGUGCAUCAACACAAGAAGUUGACUUCAUGAAAGAUUUUUUUGACAAUGAAGCCUUGGGUGCUCUUUUGGAAAUGUAUGAUGACCUGACAAUGGACGAGUUACCUGAUCCCCAAGAAGAGGACACAAAAGACCUUUAUCGAGGUGUUCUUGAUGCUGUGUCUGCUCGAGCUGCCUCAAACUCAAAAGCUGAUGAACUAAGGAAGAUUUUAGAGAAUCCACAUUUUCAGGCUCUGAUGAAAUCACAUGAUGACGUUGCUCAGGAGAACUAUGGCAUCGUUGACCCCAAAUCCUUGACCCUUCCAGCCCCUCCACCUCCAGUCUUUGGUGCUGCAGCUGAAGAGUACCGCUUUGUUACUAUUAGAAAACAAGGGAAAGAACCUCUUGGCAUAACCGUAAACUUAGAUGAAAACAAUGAUCUUACUAUUGCUCGAAUCCUUCAGGGAAGCCUUGCAGACAAACAAGGGCUACUGCGUACGGGAGAUAAAGUACGUGAGGUAAAUGGUACUGAAGUCUUCACUCCUGAGGAUAUGAUGAUCCUCUUGAAAGAAGCAUCAGCAUCUGUCACCAUGAAAGUUGUUCCAUCGUACAACAGUUCAGCUCCAACAGAUGAGUUCUUUGUCCGUUCCAACUUCAACUAUGACCCCAUGAAUGAUCGUCUGAUUCCGUGCAAGAAGGCAGGUCUGCCUUUUAGACAAGGAGAUAUUCUACAAAUUGUGAGCACUACAGAUGAAAACUGGUGGCAGGCACGGUCACUUGCUGUCUCAGAUGGGCUAGUUGGUCUUAUCCCCUCAAGCACUCUCCAGGAGAAGAGGAGUGCAUUUGUACAACCAGGACUGACAAACACAAAGACAGAUUUAUUGUGUGGACUAAAGGUGAAGAGGAAAAAGCACAUCAAGUACAACUCCCAGGAUACCACAGUCUUUGACAACUGUGACAUCAGAGUCUAUGAGGAGGUGACCCUGGCAAAUUAUCACACACGAGUUCUCGCUCUUGUGGGAUCAAAAGGAGUGGGAAAGCGGUCACUCAUCAAUGAACUUGUCAAGAACAACCCCACGAGAUUCCAGGCUCCUACUCCUUAUACAUCCCGGCCUAUGGGGGAUAAUGAUGUUGAUGGGCGUGGCUAUUUCUUUGUGCCACGAGAGCUAAUGGAAAGAGAAAUUCGGGAGAGCAAGUACCUGGAUUACGGAGAGUUUGAUGGAGAGCUGUAUGGCAUCAAAUUCAGCACGAUCCGAGAGAUUAUUAAGAGAGGAAGAGUCUGUGUGAUGGGUGUUAGUCCAACAGCAUUGAAGGUGAUUAAGUCACCUGAUUUUCAGCCUUUCAUAGUUUUUAUCGCUGCUUCGAGUGUUGAGGCACAGAAGGUCAUGUAUGAAAAGCACAAAGAAAUGAUGGAGGAGGCUUUGGAAGGUAGACGCAGAAAGUCGACACGACCCACCAUAAACGAACUUUUUCAGGAGGAACUUUUCAUAGCAACACUGAAAGAAAGUAGACAAAUAGAGAAAGUCUACAGGCCGUACUUUGAUGACUCUAUCGUCAAUGAUGACUUUGACACUACCUACAAGUUUUUGCUGACUACCAUGGACAAUCUUCAUCAGGGAGCCAAGUGGAUCCCUGUGGAGUGGAAGGAAUAGAUGAUAAAUAGACCCCUGUCACAGAACUGAAAGUCCCAUUACAUCACAUGCAGAAUUAUCAAAUGGUUGAGAUACAUUGCAGUGGAAUUCUUGUCCACACCUUUGGGUUUGACAUCCUGUGUGUAGUUUCUUGAAGUCUGUUGGAGAUAUUGAAAAUAUGCAGUCAUGUUCUCUUAUUGUUUUGCAAGUUGACCCAUAACUAACUAGCUGAAUGGUUACUGGUCAGCUUGAAGUUAAUCUCUUUGAAGAGUUUUAACAGUCAGAAAAUAUUUUUUAUUUUAUAUUUUUAUCAUCAAGUGACGUUAUAACGGGCAGUUUUAAAAUACAUCUGCUAAAGUGUUUUACCCAUGAUGUAGUAAUUUUUAUUAAAUGGUUGCUUCAGGUUGAAAUUUUUCCAGGGCUUUUAAAAACUGUUUAAGAAUGAAAUGAAUGACAUUUGGGCCAAGGUAUCACAUGACCGCCAUUAUGCAUUGCUUCUCACUGUCUCUGUCAUUUACUGACCUCCUCAUCUGUCAUCUCUGCAACUUACAAUGCCUUGCUGACACCCAAGCACAGUGUGACAGAACAAUACAUUUCCUAGAAAUAAUGACUGCAAUAGAAUAGUAAUAAAACACACAUGCAGUCUUGGAAGGUGAUUUUGGUGAAGGGUGAUAGUAAACAGGAGUUUGCAGGGGUUUUUCUUGUGGAGUUAAAGCUCCUUGGGUCUGCUGCCGUCCAGUUCAUUUUUAAAAAUUGAUUUUAGCCUGGCCUUUUAAUCUCUCUCUGUCUAAUGGCAGCUUUUUUCAUCUUUGACCUUGUGUUUUUCUUUCCUUGGCAAAAGCUCCAUCAAACUAUGCAACACUUUUUUUAACGUUUCAGUUGAAAUUCAUCAUUGAAAAUUUACCAUCCUAAUGAUUACUAACAUUACCAUCACUAAUUCUCAUAGAUUUCUGAGCAAUGAUGCUAUGCAACUAGAAGCUUUUUUUUUUAACCAGUAAACUUUGAUUAUAAUGACUAUAUGAUUGUAUUGAUCAGACUGCUCACAGUUUCAUAAGUCAUUGAGAUAUUUAUUGUAUGGGCAAUGUAAGCACAUGUAUUUUUACAAAAUGUCAGAGUAUUAGUGAUACCAAAUGCAAAAGCUCAUCCAAAACAUUUUUAAUUUUCUUGAAAUCCUAACAUGUAGCUGAUGAAAUGAUUUGAAUAUGGAUGAUAAGCUCUUGUAAAGUACUUAACACUGAAAUCUGAGUCAAAAGCUCUAUACUCUGUUGUGUCAGUGACCUGCUGUAUUAAAAGUGUCAGUGGUGAGCAUCUUUGAAAGCUCAUGGCUUCUGAGAAAAAUGCAUUUCCAUGACAUUUUGAUUUAAAUAACUUGCACACUCCAUACUUGUCAUAGUAGAAGAGUGUCAAGCUUUAUGAUGGUCGAUUUUUUUUUUUUUUUUUUUGUACCAGGACUGUGCGGUCUUUAAUUAGUACUCACUCUGAUGCCAUUAUGUCCUUUGCCACACUGCAUGCAUAGUUGCAUUCUAAUUAUAGAAUCAGGAGCUUCUGCUUGAACAAAGUUAAUGACUGAAAAGUAAGUUUGAAUUAACAGCCUAGAGAUGAUGCGAUGUUGACAGUGAUAUCUGCAUUUAUUGGGUCAUAAAUCUUUGUUGUUUUUGGAUAAGGGCUUUAAAGCAUAAUAAUUGUAAGAAUAUUUUUUCUGAUUGAGAAAGUUGAUCCAGCACAGAAAAUGAUAUGCUGCACAAAGUUGGUGCUGUGGAUAGCAGGGUCAAAUAAAGCUGCUUUGAUAGUGUGAUGUCUCUCAUGAUAGCUGUUUGUGACCCUUUCAAAGUUGUACAAAAAAAGCAUAAAAGAAGUUAUUUACUCUGUUAAAAGAUCAUCAUCAAUUGAUUUCCCGUUAGAAUAACAAAGGUUUCACUGUUAAAAAAACAAGUCGUUUACAAAAUCUGGCAAUAAACAGGAACAGGUAGCCGAAAGAAUAACAUUUAACACCUUGUCUAAUCAUUGUCAUUGGGCUGUUAUUUACAGUAUCUAACCUUUGUUACUGUCAUAGCAGUCUCAUUUUUUGGUCUAUUGUAAUUGCUCUUCAGUUUCCAUGUUUCUCACCAUUUUAUCGGCUUGAUUUUCUGUUAAAAUGUAUUUUUGCUAUUUUUUCGAUUUUUUUUAUUUUUAUCUUCUGCUUCAUUUUGCUUAUGUGUGGUACAACAUUUGUAAAAUACAAGAAUCUGCCCUUGUGUUUCAUAGGCAUUUCUCAUACCUUGGCAGAAUUUAGUUUGCCAUUUUACUUUCAUCAUAUUUAAAUAGGCUGUUUCUGGUAAUUCUAGGUUUCCGAUCUUGGUAACAACUUGUGUUAAGAAAGAACUGUUAAAAUAUUUGUGAUCAGUGUAGCAUUAAUGAUUUCUUUCAGUAUCAGAUUCAAGCAUGCAGGCUGCUUUGUGAUUAUUCUUUUAACUUAACGUACCUGUCAGUAGCUUUCCAAUCAAAAUCCAUUAGGCAGCACUUUUGCAUGUGUAUAACAAUGAUGUGGAUAACUGGAUUUUUUUUAAAAUUGACUUUCUGUUUGUGCUUAACAGAAAAUAAAGAGUAGAAUGAAUUUGUGUGUGUGUAAUUGUCAAUUACAAUUUUGGUUAUAUAUUUUUAUUCAUAUGUAUUUAGAAUUACGUAACCUAAUCUUGAGUUAUUAGAAAAAAACGAUGUACAUCUCUUUCAAAUUAGCAAUGCCUUAUUACUAGUCUAACUGUGCUUUUAAAUGCGCUUUCAUUAGAUAUAAUUAGAUCAAAUAAAGCUGAAUAGAUUUUAUAUUUUAUAUUGUUUUCUUUUUUUGAAGGAGGAAGAUACUGUAUAAAAAAUUUCAAGCUAGAUUAGCUCGUGAUUGUGACAUUUCCUUUGCUUUGGUGGUAUAAUGCGUUUUCCACCAAGACAAUGAAGAGCAUAAUUUGCAAGUUUGAAUCUUUUCUUCAUUGAAUAUUCUUCCUCUCUGGUUGUGUCUUCAGUAUAUACUGUUCUAAGCUAGGUUUUGUGAUAAAGCAGUUGUUUGGUUUGUUUGUUUUUUUUUUUGUUUUUGUUUUUUGUUUUUGUUUUGUGCUAUUGUGAUGUUAAAAAAAAUAGUGGAUGAGAAGGGAGAGAGAAAUUUUUGUACAAAUUUAGACUGUUUUAGUAAUACAGGAUUUCAUUGUUAACAAUGUGAACAUUAGCUAUAUCAUUCAUCUUGGCUGUUUCGGAUGGAGGAAGAGUUGUAAAAUUUGCUUAUACUGUAUGAUUAUUAACACUGUUUACAGAAACAAUACAUUUUUUUGAUCAGUCUAAAGUGUGAUUAUCAGUCUAUAGAGAAAGAGUUUGAAACCGUCUCUUAGUAGAUUAACCGUGAUUACCUUCACACUGCCUAAUUGUUUAAUAUCUAGUAAUCAACUGAGCUGCGAAAGGCAUUAUGUAUAGACAUUACCUUUGUAUAACACAUUUUUCAUGGUGUUGGCUUCAUCAAGUAAACUUCAUGAUUUAAACAAAAUCACUGCACUUUGAUGGAGAGAGAGAGGGACUGCUUAACAUUUUGCUUUUUUUUUUUUUUAAAGGGCAGUGUAUGAUCUCUUUGCUAGCAUCUGAGCUUCAUAGUGCAAUGAUGUAGAUCAAAUCAGUUCUGCGUGUACUACAGCCUAACAUGUAUGUUGUUUUGUUAUUUUUAAGAAUGAGUCAUAUUUCAGAUAGGCAGCAGAUGCCCACUUCUAAAAUAAAUGCCGUUGUCGAGCUCACACUUUUUAAAAAGCUGAAAGAGGUUUGGUUGCAAAUAUAUAUGAACCUUACCAAUUUCUUUAUACUUUGCAAAAGGUCUGUGAAUAUUCAGACAUUUUUUACGCGCCACUAUGUUCUUUUUCAAAAUGCAUCAGAUCUUAUUGUGUUACUGGGUGAGACGAGCAGAGAAGAUUAGUUAGGAAGUUCCCCUACACGUAGAAAUAAGUCUGUGUGUGUGGCUUAGUGAAGCUUAGUCCAGAUUUUAAUUCAGCCAUCUGUUUUGUCUCAUGCCCUGGCUUUGGUGUAGCAAUCAUUAUUAUUUCUUACUGUGCAUUGACAGUUACAUUAAAUUGUUCCGCAGAGUAACAUCUGCUGCUGGAAUUAAUAUAUGGUCUCAGUUUCUAGUCUGCACUCUUGAUGAAAUUCUUCUUUUAUCUAAAGUGUUGAUGCAUUAUCUUUAAUUAAAACAAAUGAAACCUUGAGAUCAGAGAAAAAAAGAAAACUGGAUGUGUACAUACUGUAGAUUUUUUAUGGAUUCUAUGAACACACACACAAUAGCUUUAUAAGGUGCAAGUUAAUAUUUGUAACUAAUAAUUAAACUGUUAAUAAAUGGCUUGUUUUGCUGCCCAGUAUACUCAAAUAAUAGACCAGAAUACGAGCAAGGUCGCAUAUCAUAAUACUGAGGGUGACUCGUUGGCUAUUAUAUAAAUUUUCUCACUUGUAUUAUUUAGUUUGUGCUUUAUUGAAAUUUUGCAGCAAAUCAGUGGUUGUGUUUCUGUAUUAGUGCUGUGCUUUCUUAUAUGUAUCAAUACAUACUUGUUACCUUCCAUACAUUCCAAAGUUGUAUCUUUGUAGAAAAUAUUAAUAAUCUAAUUUUUGCAGAAAUAAAGUUGUAAGCUAUAAAA